AUGCGUUUUGACUUCUCUCUAUUUUCCACACUUCAUCUCACAACAAACUACACACAUACAUACACACAAUUACUCAGCAGUGUCAGAAGCCACAGUUUUCAACUGACAUUAUUAGUCAUGGUGCAGUCAAGCAACAACAACCCCAAUUCUGCUUUUCAGAAUCGUGACAAUCACACGCAACAACCAGACAUCAACUCGGUACAUUCGCCAUCUCCAUCACAAUCAUAUAGAAUGCCUACACCUGCAGAUUCAAGCCCGCAUUCAAACAUAGACUCUACGCUACAAAAUGUUCGUCCCUCGAUGCAAUCAGUUAAUUCACAUGAAUCAAGUGGAUCAAAUGGUCAAAGCUAUGAUGAACUGAUAUCGCAACUAAAUAAUCCACAAAAGAAUGUUGAUUUGAAAACUAUUGGUAAGCAUUUGGUGAGUCCCGAGGAGAGUUUGAAACAACCAGGUGGAGAUAUCACAAGGAGGAUUUAUCAUCAAAUGGAAAAUGUAUCAGAUGAAUCCCAUCCCAAUGGCAUCAAUAUUCAUAAUCCCAAAAGACGUACUCGAAGUACUUCGUUUUCAAAAUACUUAGACGAAACUAGACGGGGGUCAACUGCAAGUGAUAUAAAUGUGCCUGGAGGGUUUAGACGAGAGUUUAUUAUUCAAAAUUCGAUAAAGAAGAACCAAGAACCGCCAAAUUUCUUGACUCAAAACUUUAUGGAAUUUUUAAGCAUGUACGGUCACUAUGCAGGAGAGGACUUUACUGAUGAUGAUGACGGUGAUGAACUGGAAGAGGAUACAGAUACAUUGCGAGACUCGGGCUCAAAUUAUGAAGAUGUAUUUGAUGAAGAGUCGAGCUUGUUGGGAAAUCAAAGACUGUAUGGAGCAGUACCUCAAUUGCCGAAACAAUUACCGAAAAGACGUGAACAACCAAAAGGUACAGCAUCAGUUGCAAAGACUUUCUUUUUGGUGUUUAAGGCCCUUGUUGGAUCGGGUGUGUUGUUCUUGCCACGAGCUUUCUACAAUGGUGGAUUACUGUUCUCCAUAAUUACAUUGAGCACAUUUGGAUUACUUACAUAUUUCUGUUAUGUUGUCCUUAUUCAAUCGAAAGAGACUUUAAAGUUGGCCUCAUACGGUGAAUUGGGGUUCAAAACGUAUGGAACUCCUUUGAAAUAUUCCAUCUUGGUGUCCAUCCUACUCAGUCAAGUUGGAUUUGUGGCAACUUAUGUAUUAUUUACAUCAGAGAACAUGAUUGCAUUUAUUGGUGGGUUUUUAACUGAACAGCCUACUUGGCUAACCCGAGCCAAUGCCGUUAUUGUCCAGUGUUUGUUAAUGAUCCCCUUAGUGUGGAUCAGAAAUUUGACUAAAUUGUCCUUAGUCUCAUUGAUCUCGUCAGCAUUUAUUGUCAUUGGUUUACUCAUUAUCUUUUGGUUUUCUGGAUGGAAAAUAUAUCUUGAAGGGAUUGGUCCAAAUAUUGCCAAUUUCAACUCAAAUAGUUGGACAAUGUUGAUUGGGGUUGCUGUUACUUCGUUUGAAGGUAUUGGAUUAAUAUUGCCUAUUGAAGCAUCAAUGGCACAACCAGAGAAAUUCCCUAUGGUUUUAUCUGUCAGUAUGGCUGUCAUUACAGCUAUAUUUGUAUCGAUUGGUACUAUAGGUUACACAGCUUUUGGUGAUAAAAUCAAGUCAAUUAUAAUAUUGAAUUUACCUCAAGAUAACAUUGCUGUCCAAUCGAUAUUGGUGUUGUAUUCAGUGGCUGUUUUCUUAUCAGGUCCAUUACAAUUGUUCCCAGCUAUAAAGAUUGGUGAAUCUAUCUUUUUUAGACACAAAGGUAAAACAGGGUCCAAAAAUAGAGAUAAGGAUGGUAAAUUGUAUCAUCAUUCAGGCAAAUACAAUCCACAAGUGAAAUGGUUGAAAAACAUAUUUCGUGCAGCUUCGGUCACUUUAGUUUGUUUUAUUGCUUACCUAAAUGCUGAUAAUAUUGAUAAGUUUGUUUCUUUCAAUGGAUGUUUUGCUUGCAUACCAUUGGUUUACAUUUAUCCUCCAUUGAUUCAUUUACGUUCUGUUACUAAAAAAAUUGAAAAAUCUACAAUGGAUAGAAUUUUGCCUAUAUUUGAUUAUGUGUUAAUUGUUGUUGGAAUCAUCACUGUUAUUUACUCGACUUAUCAAAUUGUGUUCUUAAAUUAG